UCUUCCUCUCCCUCCACACUCCCUCAAAAAACCCUAGAAAAAAUGGCGGAACCAACCGGAGUGGUGGCGGUUUACGGCGAAGGAUCCAUGACGGAGACGACGACGACAAAGCAGCAAUCUCCCUUCUCCGUCAAGGUCGGCCUCGCACAGAUGCUCCGCGGCGGCGUGAUCAUGGACGUCGUCAACGCCGAGCAAGCGCGAAUCGCCGAGGAAGCCGGCGCCUGCGCCGUCAUGGCUCUGGAGCGCGUCCCCGCCGACAUCAGAGCGCAGGGCGGCGUCGCGAGGAUGAGCGAUCCGGAGAUGAUCAAAGAGAUCAAACGGGCGGUUACGAUUCCGGUGAUGGCCAAGGCUCGGAUCGGGCACUUCGUCGAGGCGCAGAUCCUCGAGUCCAUCGGGGUGGACUACGUCGACGAGAGCGAGGUACUCACUCUCGCCGACGAGGACCACCACAUCAACAAGCACAAGUUCAAGAUCCCGUUCGUCUGCGGGUGCAGGAACCUCGGGGAAGCGCUGAGGCGCAUCCGCGAGGGAGCCGCGAUGAUAAGGACCAAAGGAGAGGCAGGGACGGGGAACGUCGUGGAGGCCGUUAGGCACGUGAGGAGCGUGACGGGAGCGAUUAGUUUGCUUAGAGGCAUGGAUGAGGAUGAGGUGUUCGCUUACGCGAAGAAGAUCGCCGCGCCUUAUGAGUUGGUUAUGCAGACGAAGACGCUCGGGAGGUUGCCGGUGGUUCAGUUCGCCGCCGGGGGGGUUGCGACGCCGGCGGAUGCGGCGCUGAUGAUGCAGCUGGGGUGCGAUGGAGUGUUCGUCGGGUCGGGGAUUUUCAAGAGCGGGGAUCCGGCGAAGCGUGCUAAGGCGAUUGUGCAGGCGGUUACGAAUUAUAGAGACGCGGCGGUGCUGGCGGAGGUGAGCUGUGGGUUGGGGGAAGCUAUGGUUGGUAUUAAUUUGGAUGAUAAGGUUGAGAGGUUUGCGAACCGGUCUGAGUAAACUAAUCAACGAAUUCAAAUGUUUUAUUUCGGUUUACAUUGGUUAAAAAUAUGUAAGAUUGGGAUUCGAUUUCGCAUUUGUGCUGUGUAUGUUAUGUUUGGGUCCAACGGGGUUUGCUGUUUGGGCCCAUUGGGCUUUGUUAUGAUAAUUCAGUUAUGUUUUGUUUC